AUGGCUUCCAACGGAGACUCCAAUGGUCAGAGCACCGGCACCGGCCAAGAGAAGAUCAACACCGAUAUCAUCACCCUCACACGAUUCCUGACAGAAGAGCAAACAAAGCACAAGGAAGCCACGGGUGAUUUCACACUGCUAUGCCACGCUCUUCAAUUCUCCUUCAAGUCCAUUGCCUACUAUAUCCGACGAGCCUCUUUGAUCAACUUGACCGGGCUGGCGGGCUCCUCAAACAUCACUGGAGAUGACCAGAAGAAGCUCGACGUGAUCGGAAAUGAUUUGUUCGUGGCGGCCAUGCGAGGCUCCGGCCGAUGCAGAGCUUUAGUUUCCGAAGAGGUGGACGAGAUCAUUUACUUCGACGAACACCCCAACGCCCGCUAUGUCGUUGCCUGCGACCCCAUUGAUGGCUCCAGCAACCUGGACGCCGGCGUCAGUGUUGGCACCAUUUUCGGCAUCAUGAAGCUCCCGGACAGCGUGGUGGGAAAGCCAAAGCCGGAAGACCUGCAGAUGCCUGGAACGGAGUUGCUCGCUGCUGGGUUCACCAUGUAUGGCGCCUCCGCUCAAUUAGUUAUUACCAUGAAGGGCGGCACAGUCAACGGUUUCACCAUGGACAACGCCCUCGGCGAAUUCAUCCUCACCCACCCGGACAUGCGCAUUCCCAAGAAGCGAGGCAUUUACAGUGUCAACGAAGGCAACUCGCUAUACUGGUCGGACAAGACAAAGGCGUACUUUGAAUCUCUGAAAUACCCCAAGGAGAGCGGCGGCAAGCCCUACUCGUCACGUUACAUUGGUUCCAUGGUUGCCGACGCCUACCGAACCCUGCUGUACGGCGGUAUCUUCGCAUACCCGGCCGACAAGAAGUCGCCCAAGGGCAAAUUGCGGAUUCUGUACGAAUGCGCGCCCAUGGCCAUGGUCAUGGAGAACGCCGGUGGUCAAGCCGUCGACAGCAACAUGCAGAGAAUGCUUACGGUCAAGCCUAACGGCAUCCAUGAUCGAUCGGGUAUCUUCAUGGGCAGCUACGACGAGAUGGAGAAGGUCAUUGAGGCGCAUAAAUAG